AGGAGAUGACCAGAGACUGCGGACAGUACAGGAGAUGACCAGAGACUGCGGACAUAGUACAGGGGAUGACCAGAGACUGCGGACACAGUACAGGAGAUGACCAGAGACUGCGGACACAGUACAGGGGAUGACCAGAGACUGCGGACAUAGUACAGGAGAUGACCAGAGACUGCAGACAGUACAGGAGAUGACCAGAGACUGCGGACAUAGUACAGGAGAUGACCAGAGACUGCAGGACACAGUACAGGAGAUGACCAGAGACUGCGGACACAGUACAGGAGAUGACCAGAGACUGCAGACACAGUACAGGAGAUGACCAGAGACUGCGGACACAGUACAGGAGAUGACCAGAGACUGCGGACACAGUACAGGGGAUGACCAGAGACUGCGGACAUAGUACAGGAGAUGACCAGAGACUGCGGACACAGUACAGGAGAUGACCAGAGACUGCGGACACAGUACAGG